UCGCGAGGUUUCACUCGAAAAAUAAGGCGGGUCUCCAACUGCAGCAUGUCAAUUGAAUUGCUUAAAAAUGCGUAAAACUAACAAGGCAGAGUUUGGUUGUUCAUCAGCAGGUUUAGACAACUAAUGAAAAACACCUUUAAUUGUUGCCGUUUCUGUUGUGAGUUUACCGAAAGUCGAACAGCUAAGGUGGCGAGAUGGAGACGACGGGGGAUUUGUCUGCUCGUAUUCUUGUUGAACAAAUCCUCAGUACCGAGCCACCAAUGAUUCCUAUAACUCGCAGGAGGCCAAACACUUCCGUCUCGCUGGUUCUGAUGCAGAUGGAGUUUUGGACCAAGCUUUGACGAGUGUAAACGAAAGAUUCCUCCUCAACGUGAAACCAACACCUUCUGUCACGCUGGCAAUGUCAAGAGUCCCGAGUCCCCCUCCCCCGGCGGAAAUGUCCAGUGGGCCAGUGGCUGAGAGCUGGUGCUACACGCAGAUCAAAGUCGUGAAGUUCUCGUACAUGUGGACCAUCAACAACUUCAGCUUUUGUCGCGAGGAGAUGGGCGAGGUCAUCAAGAGCUCCACUUUCUCUUCAGGAGCCAAUGACAAGCUGAAGUGGUGUUUGCGCGUCAAUCCUAAAGGCCUGGACGAGGAGAGCAAAGACUACCUGUCACUCUACCUGCUGCUGGUCAGCUGUCCGAAGGCCGAGGUCAGAGCCAAGUUCAAGUUCUCCAUCCUCAACGCCAAGGGAGAGGAGACCAAAGCCAUGGAAAGCCAAAGGGCGUAUCGCUUCGUGCAGGGUAAAGACUGGGGGUUUAAAAAGUUCAUUCGAAGAGACUUCCUCCUAGAUGAAGCCAACGGUCUUCUACCUGACGACAAGCUCACACUCUUCUGUGAGGUGAGUGUGGUGCAGGACUCAGUCAACAUAUCUGGCCAGAACACCAUGAACAUGGUAAAGGUUCCCGACUGCAGACUGGCUGACGAGCUCGGGGGCUUAUGGGAGAACUCCCGCUUCACCGACUGUUCCUUGUGUGUGGCCGGCCAAGAGUUUCAGGCCCACAAAGCCAUCCUGGCAGCACGCUCUCCUGUAUUCAGCGCCAUGUUUGAACAUGAGAUGGAGGAGAGCAAAAAGAACCGCGUGGAAAUCAAUGACGUGGAACCUGAGGUGUUCAAAGAGAUGAUGUGCUUCAUUUACACUGACAAAGCUCCCAACCUGGACAAGAUGGCCGACGACCUGCUGGCUGCAGCUGACAAAUACGCUCUAGAAAGAUUGAAGGUAAUGUGCGAGGACGCGCUGUGCACCAGCCUGUCGGUGGAGAAUGCAGCUGAGAUCCUAAUUCUGGCAGACCUGCACAGCGCCGACCAGCUUAAAACGCAGGCAGUCGACUUCAUCAACUACCACGCUGCAGAGGUUAUGGAGACGGCAGGCUGGAAAUCCAUGGUCGCGUCUCAUCCGCACCUGGUGGCCGAAGCGUACCGCUCGCUAGCGUCGGCACAGUGCCCUUUCCUCGGACCUCCGCGGAAGCGCCUCAAACAAUCCUAAUGGACUUACAUGUCGUAAAAACACGCAUCACUCAAAUAUACCCUGUUGCCCCCUCCCUAGGGUCCACAAUAUGGAAGACAUUUCCCUUUUGCUGUUACCUACUACACUACCUACAGCCCUCUUCUGCCCCGCGAUCCAGAACCUGCUGUAUUUAGAUGGAGGGAAGAGGGGGCUGGCUUGUGAAGUGGAUAUUUGUCGUUUACAGAAUCGAAAAAGAAACAAUGCACUUUUUCAACAGCAAGGUGGGACCUUGUGCUCUUUUCCCUCCCCCCAUUCGUGAAAAAUCCUUCAGGAGGAAGAACUUGGACACAAAAAAGGCACAGCUGGGAAUGUGGAGGACAGACAAGGUCUUUAACAAAUAGACAUUCAAGGACAGGAGGGAUUCAAGGACUGGGUAAAGGGCUAGGCAAAUGCAGAAAAAUCAUGAAACUUAUUUUCCCAAAGCAGUUUGGGAAACAUUGCACUAAAUAAAUCCACAGAUCUUUCCCUCCCCGCCACCGGAACAAUCAAACAAAGUAGUAGGCUAUUGCCUAAUGGACUAACUGCAGACCUAUUUGGACCACGCAGGACAAGCAAACCCUUUAAAGAUGCUUUAUCAGCGUGCACAACACACGUGUGUGUUCAUACCGCUGCCUCAAUUGUAUCCGUUUUCAUUUUGGAAUAGAAAGAAAGUCCCAAACCACAACACAAAUAACUGGGUGUUGUGUCUAUUUGGGCCUUGAGAGCCAAUCCAUGGGGACUGCGGUCAAGAAAAAAAUGUUCAGUCACGUGAGCUAUAGUAGCAUCUUUUUCCCCAAAUACUUAUUUUCCAAAUUACAUGAACUUUUGUUUGCAGGCGUGGCAGCUGCAAAGAACUUCAAAUUAAAUGAACACGUUUUAUUGUUCAAAUGAGACAGAAUGUGAAAACAACAAUAAAACCCCACACAAAAUAAAUGUAUUAAAGAGGACCUAUGAUGAUUCUAAUCUACACUGAACACACUUCCUGGUGGUGUAGAUGAUAACUUUUGGACAUGCUCAAAAUUUCUCUACAGGCACUUUUAUAACCUGCUUUCUGCAAACGGUUCUUGCGUGGAAGCCUUCGCUUUAGAUUGCGAAUAAAAACCACCCUCUCCAAAAGUAUCAAUUUAUCUUUUGAAAAUGUACACUGUAUGAGUAUAUCUUGAGGACAAACAUCACCGCAGCUUGGAUUUUUUUCCCAGACAUAGGCGAAAAUAGACUUUAUAAACAGUACAUAGAUCCACCGGUCAUAAUAUUAUGUACACCUUGUCAAGUCAAUCGUUAUUAAUAAUUUGCAGCACAUUACAACAACUUUGGUUGACCACAGUGCUGUAAAUAAACAACAUAUUUUCUUUCAGAUAAAUUAUCAUGAAAAUAGAUGUUUUCUGCAAGGUUUUACAAUGCUAGCGUGUUGAUGCAGACUUAAUGUGCAGAGGCACCCAUUUACUGUGUCUCACUGCAUGCCACGAUUUGAUAAAAAUAAUACUUCUCUUUUGGUCACUGAAACAAAGUAAUGUUGCGAUUGGGCGGCCUUUUUCGUCUCUUUAGCGGCUAAUCCAGUUUCAUACUCGAUUCAUGGUGACAAAAACUGCCCCGUGUAAAAUGUGGUGGACAAUUAAACAACGAAGUAUUUAUUUUGUAAACGUCAGAGCAGGUUAGACUGCUGCAGAUGAGAAGGAAUAACACACAAGGCUCCUGUCAGCAAAUUUUGGCAGUAUAUACUAGGUUGUCCAUAUAAUUAUGUCCGUCAAUCUGUGACAUCACAAAUGGCCCAUUUUUAUAUUAAAAAAAACAAACAAUGCCUGAACCUUAUGUUUGACACUUUGACAUUGUUUAAGACGCGUAUCCAAAAUUGUGCCAACAUUAGGGAGUCAGAAAAGGGGAGAAUCAUCAUAGCUUCCUUUUAAAGUUAUCUUUGUUCUUUGCAAGUGGGAGAAAAUUCGUGAUUUGGUUAGAAGGAGCCCUUGUCAUUUCUUUUCUGUAGAUAUUGUCCGUUUAUGAGAAGUGACACUUAGUUGUUGCCUUUUUUUGUUCCCAAAAGAAUAAACCACAACUAUUUUUUAUUGAAUGAAA